AUGUCGAAAUUCAAUGCAUACGAAGCCCUAAAAAUCCUCCCAAAUCCAGACGGCACCAUAACCCGUCUAAUCAAACUCCCCGAAGCACCCGCCACCGCCGACGUCCAAACCCCGGGCCAAUCCGCCAUCAGCAAAGACGUAAUCUUAAACGACCAAACAAAAACAUGGGCACGUGUCUAUCUCCCCGUCAAACUACCCUCAAACGAUCAAUCCGUCGCCAAACUUCCAAUCGUAAUCUACUUCCACGGCGGCGGUUGGAUCGAUUUCUCCUCAAACAGCGCCAUAAUCCACCACACAUGCAACAAUCUAACCGCAGAAAUCCCAGCUUUAGUCGUCUCCGUCGCAUACCGUCUCGCCCCUGAAAACCGUCUCCCCGCUCAAUACGACGACGCCUCCGACGCCCUUCUCUGGGUCAAAAACCAAUUCAUACCCACAUCCGAUGACGGCGCCGCGGGUGGCGGCGACUGGUUAAGAGAGUUCGGGGACGUCACUAGAUGUUACUUAUACGGUGUUAGUAACGGUGGAAACAUAGUUUUCAACGAAGCGUUACGAGCAAUGGAUAUUGAUCUAAGCCCAUUGAAGAUUGCUGGGUUAAUAAUGAAUCAACCGAUGUUUGGUGGUGAGGAAAGGACUAAAUCGGAGUUGAAAUGGGCUACUGAUGAAUUACUUCCAUUGCCGGCGGUUGAUUUGUAUUGGGAAUUGGCAUUGCCGCCGGGGACGAAUAGGAAUCAUAGGUAUUCGAAUCCGAUGGUGGAUGGACCUCAUAAAGAGAAGAUGAAAUCGAUUGGGAGGUGUUUGGUGAUUGGAUUUGAUGGAGAUGGUAUGAUUGAUCGACAACAGGAUCUGGUUCAAAUGCUUGUUCUUAAUGGUGUUCCUGUUGAAGCAAGAUUUGAUGAUUUUGGGUUUCAUGGUAUUGAUAUGGUUGAUCCUCGUCGUAAUGCUGCUGUUACUAAGUUUAUUAAGGAUUUUAUUAUUUAG